AUGUUACGGGUUUUGCUGCUUGCUGUCUCUGUAGUUGCCAUUGCUCGCACUGAGCUCUGCAAGCCAGAUGCACAGAAUGCUUUCAAAGUACGGCUUAGUAUCAAAACAGCUUUGGGAGAUAAUGCAUAUGCCUGGGAUGCCAAUGAGGAGUACCUCUUCAAAGCAAUGGUGGCUUUUGCAAUGAGAAAAUAUUCCAGCAAGAGCACAACUCAAAUUUCCAAUGUGCUGCUCUGCAACGUGACGGAUCGGGUAUCAUUUUGGUUUGUGGUCACAGAUUCUUCCAAAGAUGUGACAACUGUUCCUGGAAGUGAGGUAGAGGCAGCCAUCAGGAUGAACCGGAACAGAAUCAACAGUGCCUUCCUAUUGAGUGACAAAACACUGCAGUUCCUAAAGAUAGCCUCAACCUUAUCGCCUCCUGUUGAACCCUCCACGCCUGUCUGGCUUAUCGUAUUUGGUGUUGUUCUUUCUGUCAUUGUGGCUGGAAUUGUUUUCCUCGUUGUUGCAGGGAUUCAGCAACGCAAGAAGUAA